CAACAGGAGGCAGCCAGCGGGCAGUUUACUGCAGCUCGGCAAAGAGAAGCCAAAAGAGGAAGAAAAGAAGAAGAAGAAGAAGAAAAAGAAUAUUGCCCACCAUGGAGGCUCAGCCAAUGGUUGUCACUCAACCACCAGUGUUGGUAACGGUCCAGCCCAGCAGAAACUAUUGGCAAACAGGCAUAUGUGACUGCUUUAAUGACUGUGGAGUCUGUCUCUGUGGAAUGUUCUGCUUCCCUUGUAUGGCAUGCCAAGUUGCUGCAGAUAUGAAUGAAUGUUGUUGCUGUGGCACAAGUGUGGCCAUGCGAGCUGUCUACAGGACAAAAUAUGAAAUCCCUGGCUCCAUCUGUGGAGAUAACUGCAUUGUGUGUUGUUGCCCCGUUUGUUCCCUCUGCCAAAUCCAGAGAGAUAUCAACAGAAGAAAAGCGAUGGGGAUAUUCUAGAAGACUUCAUCCUAAGUGCCUUUACAUUUGUCCCUUUUUUUCAUUAGCAUUCUGAGAAGUAAGAUGCCUUAAAAUAGCUUGUAGGAACCGUUAGAGGGACCCUUGCUUUAUAAUUCUAAGCAAACCUGAAAUUAAAUUUCAGUAGUAAUACGGAGCUCCAAAUCCAGUCACACAAAAACCUGCUCUUAUUUGUCCGGUCUUUGCUUGUUCUUCCUAUUUCUUUUAAAAUGGAAAAGAAAACAUUUUGGUUGCUGCUGCUACUUAACAAUUCAGAAUAAUAAUAAUAAAAAAACCAUCCUA